GGUUCGCUCAUCCGCGUUUAGAAACAAGAACGUGGCCUCCCCUUGUACUGACGUGAUGAGAAUUACUCAAUAGCGAUCACAGACGCGUAUCGCACUCCGUCUCUUCAGUCUUCACUGCUCUGGGCCUCUGGCUAGUCAUCAUGCUAGACCGAAACACUUCCAAGACUGUCACAAGUAAUAGUGAUCUACGGUCAGUUUGUUGCUCGUAAGGGGAAUUUCAUCAGGUCCUACAUGCAAGUGACGGAGGUACUUCAGCUGAUUUAGCCCGUAAGGUUGUAUCACCCACUGGCACUGUUCAGUGCAGUCCAAGUAAGUAAACAAGUCUGAGUACAUGUAUCACUGAAAGAUCUACGAGUGGCAGACAUGAUCAGUUGUUGGUCGAGGAGCUGGGUUGGAUUCAUCCUGCUGGCACUGAUGCUGGAGCCACAGAGUGUGCUGUCCCAACUGCAGGCACCCAAGAUUGUAGAAAAGCAUGCGCCUCCAUACUGGAUCAAGGUGCCGACAGUGACGCCUGUUCCGCUCAUCACAUUCGGACCCAACCAAACCGCAGUGGUUGAGUGUGUUGCCGGUGGUAAUCCCGCGCCGAGCAUCUCCUGGUUGAAGAACGACGACGCGCAGGAUUUCUCUGCUGUGUCCUCGCAGCUGAAUGUCACUGGUAACAAGUUGGUGCUCCACAGGCUGAUGGGCACGUAUGCACUGUCUGGCUGGUACACGUGUGUGGCAGCCAAUCCCUAUGGCAAAAUCUACCAUGACUUUGCUGUGCGGGGGCUAGCUCCACCAGUCAUCGUUGUGCAGCCGAGCUCCUUUAUAAUCAAUACUAAGCUAGAUGCUGAUGUCAAGCUGUUGUGCGGCGCCAGAGGAAUUCCACGUCCGAUCAUUUCCUGGAAACUGGGAUCUAUGCAACUGACCAAUUCAACAACUGGAGUUACUGUCCAGACACUCGCUUCAGGCAUCUCCAAGCUAAUAGUCAGCGUGAAGGCUAGCUUUCUUGGCAUGCGACGGGAUGUGUUCAGCUGUGUCGCCAGCAACAGCCUAUCUAGGAAUGCUACAGCUUCGGCCACGAUACAGUAUACAUCCUACUCUGGAGAAAAUGAACUGGAGGAUGUAAGCGAUGUGGAAGUAUUGCAGGGCCAGACAGCCAAACUCCGGUGCCUAUACCAGGGUCUUUCACUUACUACUGAUUUGACCAUGGAGUGGCAGGUGAGCAACAGCUUGAUUACACCCAUGUCUUAUCCACGGAUCAAUACCACACUCAGCAAAACCUUUCAUAGUAUCCCGAUCGCACCACUCAUCGUUGGUACUCUGGAGAUACAAAAUGCAAGCAUCAGUGAUAGUCGAACAUACGUCUGUGUGUCCAGAGUCACGGACGGUUCCUACAAGGAUUACUAUGCUGCCACCAUCUCCGUUAAAGCACUGCCCACGGCGAUACUGCGCAGCGGACUUAAGAGCCCUGUGUAUGUCAGCGCGGGCCGGGCAUUCAUCCUAAACGGCUAUCCACAAUCUGUAAGGCUUGCAGACUCAAGUGCAGAGUGGACAAUACUUCGGUCCUCCCGCCUCAACCCACUUUCCUCUACCCAAUUCAACGCACAGAUUGUUUCACUCUAUGAGGCCGGACUGUCAUCACAAAUAGCCAAGCCUCCAUCCAGCAGCCUACGAUUGGACAGCGACAGGAUUGAAAACUACCGCUGUACAUUUGAUGGAGUCAGCACGACAGUGAGCGUGCACACACUCCGGAAAUGCUUGAAUAAUUACGUGGUGGACGGAGAGUUUGGUCUCGACCCAUUGUACCCAUGGCAAGAAUUCGGCCAGGGAGCUCUCACGGAGAGUACCAGUGAUACAACCGGUAUAAAAGGCAACAAGUACUUACAAAUAGUCCAGUGGUUUCCAACAACGACAAAGAGUGGAGUGGUCCAAGACGUGUAUGUUCAGCCAACGUCCAGUCUCUCAGAUCUAACUAUACGAGCCAGAGUACGCCGGUCAAGAUUUACUACCGCUGUCGCGCUACCUCCUUUGCCUAGAGUUGAGGCAACAGUUUACAACAUGAAUGGCACCGUAGUCAGUUUUCACCUGAUAUCUGGCUCGCCUCCUGUAGGUACAGAUGGCACGCAGUGGUACUGGUUGCAGGGCCAGAGCUCAUCGCGGGGCCAGUUCGCCAGAGUGAAGCUGGAGCUAACGACCGCGGGGAUAAUGCAACCUGACCAGAUGGUGCAGUUUGAUGACGUAUCCGUGUGCGCAGAUGCAUCCAUGGAUAGUGCUAGUUCUGCGAUAACUCCCAUUGCUGCACUCCCAACUAGCAUCAACCACAUGCCAAACUUCACGGGGACUAACUCGUCGGACUGCUUUAACAUCCGCUGCCCGUUUGUGAAGGCAUUCAAUGUCACGCCCACGUGGCUGCCGGUCACCGGAAGCGAGCUACCCGUGCAUUUGCAGACUGAAGUUGAUAGUGAGUAUGUGCUGACUCUAUGUAAUAUGACCAAGUCGCAGUUCUCUGUUCAGUGUAAACUCGGCACUUCUUCAGCAGUCAUCAGCAUCCGCUCCGGUCUGCCUGGUACUACUACAGUCCCGGGUCCGUCUCCUACUACUACAGUACCGGGUCCGUCUCCUACUACAGCAAUCGAUACAUCUGGUACUGCAACGAUGGGUUCAUUUGGUACUACAGCAAUGGGCUUGUCUGGUACUACAGCGGUUGGUACAGUUACUAGCACAAAUACAAUGUCGGCGGCGUCAAUGUUCUCGUCACAUUAUGCAGCCAUCGCAACAACUGCACCUGCGCAAGAAGAUGAGCCAGAUGGCCAUGGCAGGCUAUCUGCUGCUGUUAUUGGAGGCAUUGUAGCAGCAGCAGCACUGGUCACAUUCAUCACAACCACUAUUCUAUGCGUCGCCAUCUGGAGAAAGCGUCAGAAGAGAAGAAUGCCGCAAAACCAACGUUCUGGUUUCCUGAUGGAGAACCAGCAAGAUUGGAAUCGACACUCAACGUCAAGCCUGAAACAAGGUCAGAAGAUCAGCAACACAGAGCCAGGUGGUGUAUUCAAUAAGGCAUACAAUGACGAUGGAGAUGAGCGAGGAAAACCGACAAACCAUUACGAGCUGGAACCAGAACGACCGAAGCCAGCUGUUGUUCGUGUGAACCCAAUAUUUACUGCCGAUGCCAGCUACGAAGCUCUUGAUGGUACACAGCAGGAAGCAGAGAGGCUUAUGUCAGAAGGUUCUUGCAUGAAUCCAGAUGGUACAUUGCCUCAGCCAGGAGAAAACCUCUACUUGGAUUUAGAAAAUGCCAGGAACAAUGAUGUUGCCAGCCCUGUUGGUUUACAAGAAGAUGACCCUGAAAAGCAAUGUGCUACAGCAACUCAUAUUGUACCCCAAGCUGAUAACAUCUACAUGGUGGAGGAUGAUGAUAAUGAAGACGGUCCUGAUGAUCAAUUUGGUGCGAAUGCAGACAGUGCAACAGGGGCAGAAGCAGCGGAUGCCUAUGUGGGAUCAGAGCAGAUUUACGAAGUCGAAGAUGGUGCCGAUCCCACGAGCAACCUCUACGUUAUUGAUGAUGAAGAUGUCAAAUCAGUCGAAACGAUUUCGGAGCAGCGGACCCAGGUCUCCACAACAAGAGCUCCACAAAAGAGGGAGACGCCUGGCAUGAAGACUACGAUGAGAACCUCAUCUGUUGAUUUGCAGCCAAUGGACCUGCAGUUCCUGAGGCAAGUGGAGUCAGUGCAGCAACAACAGAAGGCGAAACGAGUGGAAGUUGGCCCAGAAAAGAUGAAGGAGUUUGCUGCGCGACCUCUUCCCAGCCAGCCGCAUGCCGUUCAAUCAAGACGGCUCCCAACCCUACCCCGCACCGCUGGUAAUCCUCAGUCUGCUUGGUUCUCAAACGCGAAAUCAAAGUUGAGGUCCAAAGGAGAAUCAUUUGGAUAGAAUCGGUGAUACAGUAAAAGCGGACCCUCUUUUAACUCUAGCCAUCCAACUACAUUGAAUUGCGGCAUCUUAGAUUGUGGUAGUUUGGGUAUUAGGUAGUUUGGGUGUUAGACAUGUCUAACUACAAGUAGGAAGAACAUGCCGCCAGUAGAUGCCAUGAAAAAGCUUUUUCAAAGUAAAUUUCCACCAUUUUCCUAGGGAAGCUCAGUAACUACAAGUACAGCCGCUAACACCCAGAAUUAAUUGUAUGUUAGCUUUUGGGUUUUAAUUUAAUUUUAAUUCAGAGUCUUUUUUUUUAAGUCUCGAUUUUGAUGACUGAGGAUAUAGUUAUGACGGCGGCUUGCUGGUGGGCUGAUCUACUCACCUCCCACCGCUUUAGGAGCUGCAUCUGCACCUUUGUUCUCAGUUGCAGUGUGGUGGUGUUCCUAUGGAUGCUGAAAAGUCAGCCUAACUAAGCCUCAAGCGGACCGUGAAUUUUUCUUGUUGUGAAGCUAUAGCAUUUAUCUUUUUACACUUGAGCAUAAGAUACUGACUGAAUUGGUCGGCCCCAAAAAUUGAAUGCUGUAAUUCAAUGGGUUAUUUUUACGCGCUAGCACAGCUGACUAUUAAUCUAUUUAUAUUUAGCACACCGUGACUGCUGCACAUUUAGAGCUUGUCUUCGCUAUGGUACGUAGCCAAUUAAAAUUCAUUUGGACCCUAACAGCCCUGACUCCUGGUGGCAUUACCGGUACUACGAAUUUCUAAAAAUGAA